AUGGCAAACGUCGUAAAAUACAGAAUUUUUGUGAAAGAUGGGGACAAUUUUGCCACUGGAAGCAACUUGGAAACAUAUCUGGCUAACUACCUUGCCUUUUUGAGUCCUAUAGUUGAAGAGUUCAUCUGGCAAAACGAGCCGUUCUUCCUUCACGCCAAGUCUGGGAAAGGUAAAUUGUGUCGGCUAAAUCCGCAAAAUACCUGGCCACUGAGCUGACUAUAAUAUAACAAUGUGUGUUAUCUAUAAUUUUCAAAGCACACCAAUGCAUAAGCCUGACAAACCUAUUUAAACGGGUCAGGAGUUGCCAGAUAUUCUGCAGCUAAGCUUUUACAGCGAUUGUAUAAAAAAAUGAACUAGAAUAAAAUAAAAAUUAAGGUUUUUGACAUCAAAUGCAGCUGGAAUAAGUGCCACUCUAAACUGCCACAAUGGGGACGUUCUCUGUAUAUGCUGAGAGGUGCCUGAUUCAGAUGUCAUUGGUUAGUGUUGAUUUAAAGGGGUAAAAGUAUAUGAAAUCAGGAAAACUCAAGACUAAUAAAGGCAAAACCACUAGACAACAACAAUCCCGGCAGAGGGAGGGGGAUGAGUGUACUCCCCUAUAUGGCCUAUACAUGGAUGUGUCCCUUUACAGGGUAUGCAGGGUUGUCAAAAUGCGCCCGCAACCGGCGCUAUUACCGGCUACUUUUAGCUUUUUACCACCUGUAACCUGGGAAACACAUAUCUCUAUUAAUAUGUGUUCCCCUACCUUAGAAACACAUAUCCCUAGUGAUACCUAAGAAUAUGUGUUCCCCUACCUGGGAAACACAUAUCCCUAGCAAUAUGUGUUCCCCUACCUGGGAAACACAUAUCCCUAGCGAUAUGUGUUCCCCUACCUGGGAAACACAUAUUCUGAGCGAUAUGUGUUUCCCCACCUAGGAAACACAUAUCCCUAGCGAUAUGUGUUCCCCACCUGGGAAACACUUAUCCUUAGUGAUAUGUGUUCCCCCACCUGGGAAACACAUAUCCCUAGUGCUAUGUGUUUCCCCACCUAGGAAGCACAUAUCCCUAGUGAUAUGUGUUCCCCCACCUGGGAAACACAUAUUCCUAGUGAUAUGUGUUCCCCAACCUGAGAAACACAUAUCCCUAGUGAUAUGUGUUCCCCUACCUGGGAAACAUGUAUCCCUAGUGAUAUGUGUUCUUCCACCUAGGAAGCAGGUAUCCCUAGUGAUAUGUGUUGCCCUACCUGGAAAAGACAUAUCCCUAGUGAUAUGUGUUCCCCUACCUGGGAAACAUGUAUCCCAAGUGAUAUGUGUUCCCCCACCUGGGUAACACAUAUCCCCAGUGAUAUGUGUUCCCCUACCUGGGAAACAUGUAUCCCUAGUGAUAUGUGUUCCCCCACCUGGGAUACACAUAACCCUAGUGAUAUGUGUUCCCCCACCUGGGAAACACAUAUUCCUAGUGAUAUGUGUUCCCCAACCUGAAAAACACAUAUCUGUAGCGAUAUGUGUUCCCCCACCUGGAAAACACAUAUCCCUAGUGCUAUGUGUUCCCCCACCUGGGAAACACAUAUUCCUAGUGCUAUGUGUUCCCCCACCUGGGAAACACAUAUCCCUUGUGCUAUGUGUUCCCCCACCUGGGAAACACAUAUCCCUAGUGCUAUGUGUUCCCCCACCUGGGAAACAUGUAUCCCUUGUGAUAUGUGUUCUUCCACCUGGGAAACACGUAUCCCUAGUGAUAUGUGUUCCCCUACCUGGGAAACACAUAUCCCCAGUGAUAUGUGUUCCCUCACCUGGGAAACACAUAUUCCUAGUGAUAUGUGUUCCCCUACCUGGGAAACGUGUAUCCCUAGUAGUUUCUGUUUCGCAUUUCUGAUUUAACCAUUUUUUUUGUGGUUUGCAUUUAUCUUUCUGUCUCUCGCUUUAGUCCAUUCGGCUUCUUUGCAUGUUUCCACCAAAGUUUCACUUAGUAAUUCAGACACAGUAUUGAUGCUAUCAUGUUUGACAGCAGCUACUAACCUGGAUUGAACUGUUGAUCAGUAUCAAUAGUGGUAUGUCUUCCCCUACCAGCCCCGCCGGGAAACACAUGCCAGCUACUUUCUCUUAUUCUCCUGCUAGUUAAAAUCUUUUUGACAACCCUGGGUAUGGCUGUUGUUCUCUCUGUCCCAAACAGGGAAUAUAAUUUUGUGCGUGUCUGUCUUAAUAACAAGGUAUUACCUGUGUAUGUAUGAUUGAUUUGAUUUGCUUGAUGCUUUUGUCCUGAACAGGGUGGUUAAGCUGAGGAAAGGUAUCUGUGUUAUGAUUUUUCUGUCCUAAACAGGGUCAGGGUUUCAACCUUCCAUCUGCUCAUGUAUACCCAAAUACUGGCUAAGUACCCCCCCCCCUCCCCCGCCCCCUGGGGGGACAAACCAGUGACACAUUCAAACUUUGUUUUUUGAUCUUUUCUUGUUCUCAGGAGAUGAAGUCCCUGCUCAUCUUUAUGGGAAGACAGAGUUUGGUGACAAUGUUGACAACGAAUGGUUUAUAGUUUCUCUCCUCCUUCAAUUGUCAAAAGUUUUUCCUGAGACAUGCAUUAGGUGAGAUAAUUGUACUCUUAGUGGUAUUUAUAGCUCAAAUGAAACAUAGCAAGGUUUAAUAAGAACACCAAUUGCCAGGAGGCAAACUCAUUAGCUACUUACAAGAACAAAUACACCCAGAGAACAAACCUGUUGAGUUAGGAUAGGACUUGAACUUGGAGUCUUACAAUUAUUGUGUUCACUGGAGUUUAAUUACAGGUGCAGGUGUGGCUGUAUUUUAAGUUAUUUGAUUAGGUAUACGGUUUGAGAUACAGUGUAUCGAGUCACACCUGCAUGUUAACAGUUGGAAGUCCAUCUUUUCAGUAGCCUUAAGCAUCAAAGUUUCAUACUGAUGACGCUUACCCAGAUCCAGAUCUGGCUAGUGCUUCUGAUUGGUCGUGACACAUGGAAAAUUUGCUUUGGCCAAUCACAAUUACUACCCAAUUCUGGUUGGCAUCAGUAUGGAAUAUCUGCACUUCUUUCUCAAACAUCAUUUCACGGGAAAACCAGUGGUGGUGUCACAAAAUGUCAGCUGUUUACUCAGGCUAUCAUUUCAGCUGCUCUGACAUACUUCCUCUCUGUAGGCCCUCUUUCUCUACUAGUUAAUGCACAUCAUCACUCUUUGAAUUACUAGUAUAAUCUUUCAUAAUGUAUCUUCCUUGGUUUGAUUGUACUAAAAUUCUUUUCUUGUAAUUUUCAAAUUUCAGUGUAUCUGACAAUGAUGGGGAAUUUCUGUUGAUUGAGGCUGCACAUUUCCUUCCAAGAUGGCUUAAACCAGAGAACAACAAAAACAGAGUAAGUUGGCUGUUAAACAUGUAAAAUUUAAUAACAUCAAGGUUAUCAUUAAAGACUGUGGCUCCUCCUACAUUUGAAAAAAAAAAGAUUUCUUGUUUGUCUCAUCAAGUAUCUUUAUAUCCUCAUGAAAUAUAAUAUGGUAUUCAGCCUUGUGGAGAGCACAACAUAAAUUAUAUUUCUCCUGCUUUAAAACUGUUUGAAACUUUGAGGGCAGAUACUGGUGAUUAAUUUUAUUGCCAUUCACUGGACUUGUUUUAAUUAUUAAAAAAAAUCAUCUCACCUGUGCCUGAAUAACUUAUUCAAUUUCUUCCAUUCAGGAAAAUAAGGAUGCAAAACAAAAAAAAUUGUAGUAAGAACUGAAAUCUUUCUCUACAUAUCAAGGCCCAAAAAGUAUCUUAUGUAAGGAAUUGUUGACCUGUUACACUGUUAUGCUUACUGGAAAUUUUUCAAGAACCCAGUCAUUUAUACAUUCCUAAGUUAUGAAUUUGAACAGUCCUUGUUACAAUUGAAUAUCGUGUUUGUGGGACAGAAAAAAAUGUUUACUUUCAAGAUGACCUUGGCUAAAAUGUACUAGAAAAUGAUAAAACUCAUUUUUGUAAUGAGAUUUUUGUUUUGUUUCAGGUUUUUAUUCAUGAUGGAAGAGUUCACAUCAUCCCUAUCCCUUCUACCCCUGGGGAAUUACCAAUUUACCCAACUGGUACCCCCACAGUUUUCCAAGCUCUUCAAUUAGUAUUUGGUGUUCAUAACACUGUAGCAGCUGCAAAAAUUCAAACCGCAAUUAAUCAGAGGAUUAACAGGUAUGAAGGUUGAGUUGAUUUUGUAUAGUCAGUUGUUGUGAAAUCCCAAUGUCUUUUACUAGAGGGAUCUUAAUUCAGAUAGAGCUACAAGGCAAAAAAUGAGUGAAAAUUUUCAACUCAAGUUUGCAUCAGUCAGUGAUUAUCAGACCAAUUCAAAUCCUAGGGUGAUAUUGUAACAAAUAUCAUCAAAAAGUUUCAUAAAUGUCUCAAAAUUUAAUCACUUUCAGCUUCCUUUGAACUGUGACAUGCAUCUUGCCCAUGAUACUUUUUUCAGGCCCAUACACUUCAAUUUAAUGUCUAACGACAACUGCGCAGUGCAAAGGUUUUCUGAACACUGAAAAAGGAUUGUUCGCCCGAAAAAUCAGUUUUGGAUAAUUUCUUGAUAAUUUGUUAGUCUCAGAGUAUCAUCCUAUAAGCUAUCUUACUUAACUGACACCCAUCACUAACAGUUUUAUCGUUAACAAUUCAAAUACUGCCUGGGUUCUUUAAACCAGACAUAUAUUUGGACGAUCAACAGCAGAGAGGUAGUAAAGAGUUCUGGGAACCUUAUUGGCUUGAGUUUGUAAAGUUGUAUAUUUCCUCAUCAUAAAGAUACCAAUAUCUAAAAUUUCCUAGAAACCAAGGAGGGUUUACUUCAGAUUCAGUUUGGGUUAUUAUAACCCUAGAGAUUUUGAUUUUCAACCCCAUUUGAUCAUUCCUGUUAGUUUUUAAACAGGUACACCCUGGGCUAUCAAAUCUCUACAGGUCACGGCCUUGUAUGGCCAUAUUGAACAACAUGCACUUCUCAUGGAUCAGUUGUUAAAUUGCUUAAAAUAAUUUUAAUAAAAAAAACCUUUUUUUAAUCAUUGCAGUCUUUCAGAACAGUCCUUAAAUACCUUCCACCAUGCACAUUGUUACAUACCAGCAGAAAUAAAAUAUGUUCUUGAUCAAAAACCAUCCUUGAUCAGCCCCAUUGUGCAAGCAUUUUGUGAACGGGAUCCUAUUGACAUGAAGGUUUGUCACAUUUAUACACAUAUUUCUUUUUUGUAUAGAUGUACCGCUGUAUUUACUUGAAGCAGUUAUUUUCUCCUUAUUAAUAAAAAAAUCAUUUUUGAUUUUCUAAAUUUGGCACCUAGGAUCACAGCACAUCUUAUUUCCAGUAUACAUGUUUUUAUUUUGGUAUCAGAAAUAAGUACUUUAAAUUUUAACAAGAAGAUUCAGAUAUAUUUAAAUAAAGAAAUACAGUUUGUAGUUAGUUUGAAGCAGUUUUUAGUGUAUUUAUAUAUAAUCUCCUAUCUUUAAUAAAAAUAAUACGUGUACACUAUACUUGUAUUAGGAAAAGGGCCACUUUCUUUCAGUUAGUGUAAUAAUUCUCUGAUUUGUAACAUAAUGCGGGGGUUUCGAUAACUUUUUCCAUAAGUGACUGCUGAUGGUGGCAUAGGCACCUGUGGCUGCAAAAUAUAAUUAUUACUAGUUACAUGUACUAGUAAUAACUAAAGGUUAUGGAGUGCUGGCAACAAUGAUUGAAGAUCAAAAUGCUGCUCCAGCCCUGUGCUUUGCAUAAGUUUCACGUGACAGAUGGUCAAAACAUCCGUGAUCAGAUUACGAGUGACAAAAGGUCCAAAUGUGCAUUCCAUUCAUUCUUAGUGGAAGUCUUAACAAAAUGCUGGCUACAUACAUGCGACGCAUGCGUAGUAACAACCUGGAGAUUAGGAUUGUAGGCUACUCUCAUUGCCUGCAGUAAAUAAUGCCUUACUAUAAGAAAUUAAUGCUCUACUUAAUUAAUGACACAGAAUAAUAUUAUAGUUUAUAAAAAUUAACAUGACUUUGAAAUUCGCAUUAAUUUUCUGAAUUCUUAAUUUCCUAUAAUAAGGUAUGGAAUAAAAUCUUAACAGACGGCUUUAAGAGGCCUCAUAAGAAGCAGUAGACUGCCGAUCAAAAGCAUUUAUUGAGACCAGCCCUGAUAGUGAAAUGGUUAGCUUAGAUAUCUUCCUAGAUUUUCAGUAAAUAAACUGUUAGUAUCUCUCAUUGUGUCAACAGGCAUGUAGGAAAAUGGAACAGUUUACCAUAGAAAGAAGAUUGAUGGCUAGGGUAUGUUAUGUAAGACCAAUCUCGGUUUAAUCUCACUAAGUGUAAUGUUGUUGCAGGGUUUCAAUUCACAGGGACUUUGCUAGUUCUCUUCUGAAUUAUUAUUAUUAUUAUUACUAUUAUUAUUAUUAUUUCAUUUAGCAUGGCAUUAUCUUAUAGAUAUAGAGUCAAAAGAGCAAACCAUUUUUGUAAAAGAUUUAAGUAAUAAGUCAUUGAAUAACUGUUUACUAGAGAAUGAUGUUCAAUUGCCAUGUUCUCUUGUAGAUACGUUUUACACGGUGUCUCUUUGCUCAGUUAUCUCAACAACCAUUCAAACAAGAGAGGCGCUGCUCAGGAUGGACUUUGCCUGCUAUAUCUAAUCCACAGUACAAAGCUCAUGAGUUGGGUCUUAAAUUGGUAUUUAUGGUUAUAUUAUUGUAUUGUUGUACUGUAUCUGUUUAUUUUAAUAAUUUUAUCAGUAAGCAACAAAGUAUAUUUAUUCUUAUCAGCGCUAGAGUGGGUUUACAGAAUAAUAGUGCAUAUGAUAUGUAACAUGAGACUAUAUUUUUUUACGGGUAUGAAAUAUUUGCAUCAAAUAAAAUGAAGGGGUCCCCUGUAGUAAAGCCUUAAGUGACUUACGACAAAAAGCUAGAUUGUUUAAAUUACCUUGUAUGUACUUGUGAAUCAACAGGGAACACUUGAUCUGGAGUAAUAAAUUAGAGCCCUUUCUCCACACACCCCUUCAAUUUUGCUGUUCUGUUUCAAGCUUGAAAUACGAUCAAAAUAUUCUUUUCUGUAAGUGUCCACGUGCACUCUAAUAAUAUUAGUGUCCUCCCCUGAACAAGUACCUACCCACUUAGACUGCGAGCAGUCCCUCUUUUUCUUCAGCUUUAGUGGGGGGAGUGCACGCACACACGAGCGUGAGAAACACUUGGUCAUUUGCGCAAGAAACGCGUGGUCAUUUGUGUGUCUCGCUCGUUUUGCUUGCGAGCCAAGAAAAAAGAGAGACUGCUGAUAGUCUACCACCCACUUGGCCAAACUAACAAAGUGCACCUCCUUUUCUUUCCUCAUUUUAUUGAAUAGAACAAUAACAAAAGGAACAUCUGUUCCUUUUCUGACUUUUAUUUACUUUUUUAAUCUUUGACUACACCAGGCAAGUUUAAAUUUGAAUAUUUGGAACCAUUUUUUAUUUGCAUUGCCUUUCCAAUUUAAUCUCUGUCCAUACUCCAUACAGUGUUUGACCUGCUAGAGUGGUACUUGCAGUUUAGUAGUUUAGCAUCUGUUAGCAUUCAGCCAAAGAAACAUGUUUAACUACCCUCUGUCAGAGAGGAGUUCAUGAACAGAGAUUUUGCGCCAUCACUAAGUUGAUUAUUGUUUGUUUUCAGGCAUGUGGAUUUCAGAUCCUGUGUAAAAGAAAUGAAAUGAAAGGACCCUGUGCCCAGGUAGAUAAAAACCUUGUAAUUGAUGACACUCAAUAGAGAUUUGUUAUGAAAAUUGUUGCUUUUCACUCAAAUUUGAUAAUCAAUUAAGAAAUAACAUUUUUUUAUGAUGUUGUGCAAAACUUUGUGUUAUUUUGUUGUUUUUUCUUAAUGGUUUAACCUUAAGGAGCCAAGUGAUCCUAAAGGCUCAAAGUGGGAGACAUUUCUGUCUUGUCUGACAAAGCAAGGUUAUUUCAAGGUAGGCAGUUUACAAGCAGAUGUGGUGUUAACUCGUUGAAUGGAAAAUUGAUUGCCAUUUUAAAACUUAUCUCUUUUGCCAAAUUAGUGUUUCAUUUCCUUUCCACGUGUUGGUCUUCUGUUGAAUUUAAACUAUAACAACAGUAUUGAAAAGUGGCUAAUACUUAAAACAUUUUACUUUGUAGGGCGAAAUAGAGGGUUCAAAACUGUACCAAGACCUCCUUUUGAAGGCAAAGCAGCAGUUUAAGGAAAAUUUUACAGUAGAAAACAGGUUUGGCUACUUAAGUCUUGAAAAUAUCUUACUGGACGGCAUCAAAUACGUCAAAAAAGCCAAAACAACAACGUUCGCUUGCAUCAAUUUUUUUGUUACAUGUCUUUGCCGUCACUGCACGAUUACGACGUGAGUUUUUCUAUUUUUAGUGUUUUUUCAAGAACGCAAACAAGCAAAAUAUGCGAGCGCGGGCAAAAGGUGCCACGCGCGAGGAGAAGCGAGUUGCGCGUGUCACCUUCUUCGAUCGUGGGUGGCGAUUUCACACGCUCCCUGAAAGUAGGGACUACUCGACUUCUACAAUGUACUUUAGCCUUCCGCGCAGACGUCCGUUCGCUCAUCACGCUUUCCUCGCGUUCGUGGAGAAGGAUAGCGCGACGAAACCCACGAACUAAGAACGUCCGCGAGGGAAGCCACAGCCUCUCUAAGUAUGUGAAAGGUUCAUGUAAAUGAAAUUUGGACAGUUUAAUGACAAAAAUCUCUCCAAUUCAAACGUUUUUCUCUAACUUUUUUAAAUAAAGGUCUGAGCCUGGAGAAGUCAUCCCUAGAAUCUUGAAAGAUGCAUGGAUAGACGUUGAAAAGAUGAAAGAGGAACCACUUCUUCCUGAGGAUGGUGAGUAAGAUAUAUCUCUGAGAAUUGUGCAAAUUUUUUUCAAAACUUUAUCGCAUAGCGUAUCAUCUGUAACAGGGUCAUGCUCACCUGCGUAGCAAGCGAUUUGGUGCGAGUUCCUCGAGAAAGUCUUUUCGCUCUCUUUCCAGCUACUUAACGAACUCGCGCUAGGGUCAUGUAGGUCAACGUUUCACUGCAACUCCAUUUUUCCUGUCUAGAACUAAAAUGAAAAACUGUGGAUUUUGAAGUUAUUCCUCCAAGUUGCGCCCAAUAUAGCUUGUCUCAGGCGUUCAGAUACAUUGGAAUCCCGUUAACGCGACCACCGUUGCGCCAUAAAAUUCGGUCGUAAUAACGAGGUGGUCGCGUUAUCUUCAAAAUAAUAAAAUAACUUGGUGAUUUUUACGUUUGGGUCCUUGAAGAAUAAGGUCGUAAUAACGAGGUGGUCGCAUAGAUAGACGGGGUGGCCGUAGGGCGGGGUUCCACUGUAGUGCCAGAGAGUGGCGCGAAAUGGAGAGCGGAUGACCAAAAGGCGGAAGAAAGGAAGAGGGAGAGAGUAGGUUCCCUCAACUUCUCUCCCUACCCCCACUCCUAGCUGUUUCUCCUUCUCCCUUUUCUUUGCGCCGUACGCCCAUUGGCACAGCCUUUCUUCUUGAGAAUAGUUAACAGGUCGUUUCGAUACAAGUCGUUUCGAUACAAACUACACAUUUUGUUCACUUCAAAUAUAGUUUGCGAGUGAACAAAAAAAAAAACAUUUUGGGUGAAUAUCUUCGUUCUUUAAGCAAAGUACGUGGAACUAUUUUUACACCUCAAAUGAAUAAACUCGUAUCGAAACAACUUUGUAUCGAAACGACCGGUAACCGAUAGACCUAAGACUAUGCCUUCCUUUAGGCCGGGGAAGGAUAGCCUUCUAGCCAAGAAGACCACAUACGAACGUCACAUUACUCCUCACAAGAGAUGAGAGCUCAUCUUUCACUCACUUAAACAGGAGUUGUUGAUACUCUCUUUUCCUUUCAUUUUUGGCUAACUGAAUAUGCAGAUGAUAUCUGGUUAAAUUUGUCUGACCAAGACUUGGAAGAUAUCCUUUCAAAAUACAGUGAUCCAAAGUCAACGGAAAAUGGAACUGACGAUGGAACAAUAAAUAGUGAAAGUACACUUGAUGAAGAUGUGAGUACUGUGUGUAUGUGUGUUUUUUACGUUGGUUCAUGUCUUUAUCUCUUUGAAAUUGUAAAUGAACUUUGAAUAAGUUUGUUUCUUCCACCUUUCGGGGUCUGCAGUCAAUUCUAUCUAAGACGGAUACUAGGGAACCGGCACUAAGUGUCCGCCUAAGAGAGACGUUCGUCUUAACCCUUUAACUCCCAAUAUCCACAUAUACAUUCUCCAUACUGAUCUUCAUGCUUUUCCUUAACGAAUUAGUUGAGAGAGUUUGAUAACAGAUCAAAGCAUUUUCCCUUUAGUGAUCAUUUUAUUAACUCUUAUAACCAUUUCCCUUGCCAAUAUGUGGAUAUUGUUAGGAGAAGAUUGAUGUUGGUCGCUAUUGAGACUAAAAGGGUUAAGGGAGAAAAGAAAGGCUUUGACCAACUCUAUAGGUGUCUGUUUUACAGAGGUGUCCGGCCUUUAGGUGUCCGUUAAGAGACAGUCGACUAUAUAAGAUGUUAUACUGGCGGUGGCAUAAACAGUUCAAAAAGGGAAUUCGUCCACUUAGUAGGACAGGAACGCGUGACGAACCCCUAAGAACGUAUGCGUGGGAGGCUAACGUCCCCUCUCCCACAGGAAAAAUCGGGAGAGGAGACUCUCUUCUCUUCUCCCGAUUUUUCUGAGGGAGGGGGGACGUGUGUACACAGGCUAAUUCAUGACCAAUUCUUAGCUAUAACAGUCUCAGGUCAAUCUGUGCAUUCUGGGUAUCAACGCGGUUGGGCUAUUCCGGAGACCGAACUGAACCGAAAGGAAACUGGUCGUUGCGAUACAAAGUCGUUUCGAUGUGAGUGUUUUCGAUACGAACUCAAGAAGUGAAAUUGCACAAAAACAUCGUUCACUUUAAGUAUAGUUUGCGCGUGAACAAGAAAAGUAUUUUGGGUGAAUAUUUUUCGUUCUUUAAGCCAAGUACGUCGAACUAUGUACACCUCAACUGAAAGUACUUGCAUCGAAACGACCGGUACUCAACCGAACAUUUGUAAACGUGGCGACUGUAUUAGCAAGGUAGCGCUUCUCCAUGUUACCAUUUGCUUUUGUUCGUUCAUUUUCCAGCAGAGAAGUGCUGUCAACCUUGAUAAAGUAACUCGAAGUUUGAAAUCAUUUGUGGAUAAAGUGUCAAGUUAUGAAGGAGCAGAAUUUCCAGGGUAAGGGUUUUUUUUUAUAGUUUUAAGCGUUCGCCGCGCAUCAGCAAGUCAUGAACAAAUGCUUUGCCGUCGUUAUCAGUGCAGAUGACUAACUCUGCACUAAGGCAAAAGGAAAAACUCCUAAGCAGUAAAAACAUUCGUGACAUUUGGAUCAUGUAUGUUGGUUAUUGCUUUCAUUAAUGUGGUGGCUCCUAAAGGAGCCGUUUGUUUGCAAGCGACUUAUGCUCGCUCUCCGCGGAUUCGGCGGGCCAACUGAAUGUCCUUGGGCAUAAUGGUGACGCGCUUGGCGUGGAUGGCGCACAAGUUGGUGUCUUCAAACAGACCAACAAGAUAAGCCUCGCUUGCCUCUUGAAGAGCCAUCACGGCAGAACUCUGGAAGCGCAAGUCGGUCUUGAAGUCCUGAGCGAUUUCUCGCACAAGACGCUGGAAGGGAAGUUUGCGUAUCAACAGCUCGGUAGAUUUCUGGUAACGACGGAUCUCACGAAGGGCGACUGUACCAGGCCUGUAACGAUGAGGCUUCUUGACUCCACCAGUGGCAGGCGCGCUCUUUCGAGCUGCCUUUGUGGCUAGCUGUUUGCGUGGAGCUUUUCCACCGGUUGAUUUACGAGCAGUUUGCUUUGUACGCGCCAUCUUUGAAGACUUGAAUAUCAAGGAAUAAAAACAAGAACUCACCGGUUAAAUUUAUAUAUGGCGGGCUUCUUUCUGAUUGGUUCAGAGUUAGGGUAUUUGAUUGGCUCAUUAUAAAUCUUUUACAGAUGGGUGUUCAAAGUUCGAUCCGAAGUAGUUGUAAUGAUCGAUUUUAGCCGGGAUUUUGGCUUAAAACGAUACUCUGUGGCAAAUGAACUGCAUAAGUUACUACUAAACUCAUCGGUCGUAGGCUUAUACUGCACUAUCGAUUUGGUAAAAACAUUUUCGCCCCUCAAAUGCUGGAUGAUUCUUACGCAGCUAACGUGACUUGCCUGCGUGACUUGCCUGUAGCAUAUUUUGCAUUCGUUUAUCUAUUAUUAAACUGACCCUUGGACUCUUAGCAUCGUCCAAUAGGAAGAUGUUAUCGUGUAAUGCUUUCUGAGAGGUCAUUCUUUGCCUUAUAAAAGCGUCGAGCCAUGAACUAUCGGUUAUUACUCGAUUCUUCGAAUUGUGUUAAGCAUGUCUGGUCGCGGCAAAGGAGGCAAAGGUCUCGGAAAAGGAGGCGCCAAACGUCACCGAAAGAUCCUUCGGGACAACAUUCAAGGCAUCACCAAGCCCGCUAUCCGUCGUCUUGCUCGCCGUGGCGGUGUCAAGCGUAUCUCUGGCCUGAUUUAUGAAGAGACUCGUGGAGUUCUCAAAGUUUUCCUCGAGAAUGUGAUCCGUGAUGCUGUGACGCAAGACCGUGACCGCCAUGGAUGUGGUGUACGCUCUCAAGCGCCAAGGACGUACCCUGUACGGAUUCGGUGGUUAAACUACACGUACACCGUCAUUACAACAAAAACGGCUCUUUUAGGAGCCACUAAAUUUCUUAAAGUCAUGACCAAUAAACCGAUUCUCAAUCUUUUUGAGUUGAAACAUCAAGCGCGCAAGUCCUGCUAGUUCAAUUAGUUUCAUGUAUCUCAAACAAACAGUGAUUCACGUAGCCUGUACAAAGACGUUGUUUCAUUUUUCUUUCCGUUCUUUUCGAAACAUCGGCGGGCGCUGGCAGUCAAUAAAUCCCCCGCGGUUGUUAUAUUUUAACACGCGCGCACGACGGACUUUUAGAGAAAAUAGAGUGUCCGUGAACAGGCAAUGAUUCACGCUGUUCGAAACAAUGGCAGUUUCAUUUAUUUCUUAAUUUCUUAUCCUGGCUUCAGAGGUCUUGUCUCAGAAUAGGGGACGAGCCCAAAGGUUUUCCAUCGUUUAAAUUAUAAAAUAUGUAGCUCUCGAGAUCGGACUUCUGAUCUCCUCGUGCGUGACGCUUCAUAGCGCGCUGCGCAUCAUGCUCGCUCGACUUUCACCUGAUGUCUUUUAAGAUCCUAGGGUUUAUUGUGACUCUUUCCCCCCUAUUUUAGCCUAUUCGAGGCGUUAAGUAAGAAGCAGGCUACCCCUACAGCAACCUAGUCUUUCAUUUUAAAAAUUGAUGUCUUGUAUUACACAGGCUAGUUUUUUGCGACAGAAAGCAGCGGGCGCAAUUUUUGUAACGGAUCGUGAGUCCCGUUCCCGCCCGCGCGUACACUUCGGUAAUUCAUUCAAGUGGCUGUUCUAAAUUUACAUUUGAAUGAAAACUUUGAAAGAGACAGAUCAAAUUUUUUUCGGUGUACGGAAAGGAGACCCGCUUAAAUUCGGCAUAAGGGGCUCUGGAGUUCGGUCGUUUCGAUACAAGUCGUUAAGAUACGAACUCGGGCAGUGAUAUUGCACAAAAAUUUCGAUCACUUCAAGUAUAUAGUUUGCGGGUCUACAUGAAAAACACUUUGGGUGAAUACUCUUCGUUCUUUAAGCCAAGUACGUGGAACUAUUUACACCUAAACUGACUAAACGUGUAUCGAAACGACCGUAAACCGGGGCUCCUGGCAUAACUAAAUGUCUUCAACUAACUUCAGAGAAACCUUUUCUUAUCAUUGAGGGCAUUUUGCUCGUGCAAUAAAUGAAUUAGGCGUUUUAUCUGUUUGUCUUUUUUUUUUUUCGUUUUCUCAUUGGUUUUAUGACUGCAUUCUCUGUUGGUUUAGACUUUCAUAACAUUUGGUGGCUCCUAAAAGAGCCGUUUGUUUUUAAGUGAAAGCUUCAGUUUAAGCUUUCGGCUUCUUCUCAGUCUUCUUGGGCAGAAGAACAGCCUGGAUGUUGGGAAGAACACCUCCUUGGGCGAUGGUGACACCGGCGAGAAGCUUGUUCAACUCUUCGUCAUUACGGACGGCCAGCUGAAGGUGACGAGGGAUGAUUCUUGUCUUCUUGUUGUCACGAGCAGCGUUGCCCGCCAACUCGAGGAUCUCAGCGCUCAAAUACUCGAGCACAGCCGCCAAGUAAACUGGAGCACCUGCACCAACACGCUCGGCAUAGUUGCCUUUGCGAAGAAGACGGUGAAUACGACCGACAGGGAACUGAAGCCCUGCUCGGGAUGAUCGGCUCUUGGACUUGGUGCCCUUGGCUUUGCCUUUACCGCGACCAGACAUUUUGGAUAGUUCGAAUUGAUAGUUCGUGUACUCUACGAGGACUCAGAAAUGAGCAAUGUCAGGCGAUCUGCAUUUUUUAUAAUGAACUGUUUUACAUACAGGAUCGAAAUGCACCAAUCAAAACUUGUUCAUUUAACAUGCUUGUUCAUAUGAAUCACAUGCAAAGAAAGUUGACCGAGGAGGUCACAGUAUUGAAAGAAAUGUGAAACCGGCCAAUCACCGAACGAGUAUUUCGAUCCGCAUGUUAAUUGAUCUUUCCGCUCCUUUGACAUAAAUACAAGAUACAUCGAGCUGCGAGGCAUUUCAAAUCCAUUGUGAUCCACAAACAUGCCACUCAAAGUUGCAGGAAAGAAAGGCGAGAAGAAGGCUGGAAAGGCAAAGGCCGCCGGAGGUGAUGCAAAGAAGAAGAGGAGGGGAAAGAGAAAGGAAAGUUAUGCCAUCUACAUCUACAAGGUGUUGAAGCAAGUUCACCCUGACACUGGUAUCUCCAGCAAAGCCAUGGGCAUCAUGAACUCGUUCGUCAACGACAUCUUCGAGCGCAUCGCCACCGAAGCUUCCCGCCUUGCCCACUACAACAAGAAAUCAACAAUCAGCUCUCGCGAGAUCCAGACCGCCAUCAGGCUGCUUUUGCCUGGUGAACUGGCGAAACAUGCCGUCAGUGAAGGAACCAAGGCCGUGACCAAAUACACCAGCAGCAAGUAAACUCACUGCGUGAGUUUAACCCCAAAACAAACGGCUCUUUUAGGAGCCACCACAUGCGGUAAAAGUCAACGGCCAAUACCUAUUUCUCAUUCAUUACUGGAUUUGAUUGUUCAAAUUUGCUUUCCAAUUCAGUGUAAUACGCGUUGUUUUGUAUGCGAAUGAAUAUCGGCUUCCCGCCUAAACCCAGCUAAACGGUUGAAUGAAUUUUUAAGUGACCGUCUGUAAAAAAAUUCUCCAGUUAGCUGCCUAUUCCUCUCAUUGUCACAAUCAGAGUUCUUCAUUCCGUCUCUGUUGAUGGUUUUUUGCAAACUUUUGCAUUUGUACCGACCUUGUAUAUAGACUGCGAGUAGUCUCUUUUAUUCUUCAGAUUUAGUAAGAGGAAUGCACGCGCGAGUGGCAAAGCCGCGAAACGAGGGCACACGCGUGGCCAUUUGUGUGUCUCGCGUUUUGCUCGACGGACUACAGAAAAAAGAGAGAGACUGCUAGUAGUCUACUUUGUAUAAGGCUAGCCUGCGAGCAAGCUCUCUGAUUGGGGGAGUCGCGAGAGCUGACCGGUCGUUUCGCUAUCGUCCCGUUAGCCUGCGUAGCGUGGCAGUUUUGUUGGGAGCACUAGCUACUGAGCGGUGAAGCCGCAAAAACGCGCGCGAACGAGCGGCCUCGCCGACUUUAUUACUUUGCGCGCCCAACCCAAACCGCCAUGCUACGCAGGCUGUCCCAUUCGCUAACGUCUUAUGUCGUUCCGCUAAGAAGCGAAAGAAGCGUUGCGCAUGUAUAAGCUUCGUUCUCUCAGCCAUGAUACAAAAAAGUGCGAUACGCCUGUAAAUGCCUCGUUCUUUCACCCAGCCAAUGAUCAGGCGAAAGCAGUCAUGGAACUGACCCAACACGUUUGCGUAACGAUUUUACGGCAGUAGGAAAGAUUAGACCGGGGGCGGUCGUCCUCGUUUCUCGUAGCCUGUUCCGUCCAGGCUCAGAGUUAGUCGGGCCUGCUGAAUUGAGAAAGCGCGAACACGAAAAUAAAACGGGAGGAAGCUGGGGAGAGAAGGGGCGGGGGAGUCUCUCUCUGUCUCGUCCCGCCACCUUUUCGCGUGCCUUUUACUUUCGCGUCUUCUUCACUUUCGGAGAGCCUGGAACAGGCUACGUUUCUACUCACCUCUCACGCAUGCUCUCAAGCCAAUUCACUAAGGUCUGUUUCCAGCGUGAGAGCGAAAUCACGCGUGGUGUAUCGCGAUAUUCCCCCCGCUUCCGUCAGUAUGGCUAUACUCAAGAGGGACUCAGGAGCCUAUUUGACUCGUUGCCCAGUCGUCUCUCAUUAUUAGUAUUUGGCGUGGUCGUGGAAGACUAGAACGGGCUCUUUAACGAAGGCAGGAGCCGAUUACUGACGAAGGGUACGAGCGUGAUCUCGCGUGGUUUCUCGCGAUAUUCCCCUCGCUUCCGUCAGUAUCGCUAUACUCAAGACAGCUCUCUUGCUAUACUGUAUCGUCCUCGAUAUCGUAAUCUAGCCUUUUUAGGGGGUAAAACGCGAACGAUUCUUAAUAUGUAGGGUUAGAUUCAUGCUUCGCAGCCGACAAAGUUCUACUAUCUAAACCAGACUUUUAUUUACCAGGGAAAAAGAAAGCGACGAAAUUCAGUUCGAUGCCGCCUCCUUUAUGGACACAGUUGGAAACUUAUUGGGUAGGUUUUGUUUUGUUUUUCAUUUCACUCGCAUUUCUUGUAAAGAAUGAUUGUGGCUUUUAGAUUUAACCUGUUCCAGUAAGGCACGCGAACCCGACUAUCUCGGAAGCUGGAACAGGCUACUUUUAGAUACUUGUUAGAAAUAUUUGUGAUUCGUGAUUUACAGUUUUUGACUUAUAACCUGAUUGCGAUAAAUGAUAAACGCGAUUCGUGAAUAAUUUUUGUAAUCAUUUCUGUCAUUUUUGAUUUGGUGAAUCAGUGAGCCACACAAUUAUUGCGAUAUGUCCAGAUUCCAUGCGUGAGCGUGAAAGAAUAUUGCGAUCAUUCGUGACGCGUGAAACGAUCCGUUGAUUUAACGGGGAUGAAUUUCUCAUUGAGCGCCGCCCUCGAAUUACAGUCGAACCUCCGCUAACGACCAACUCUCCAGAACGGCCACUUCUCUACAACGGCCCCUUUUUCUCGUCCCGGCGGACAAAAGAAUCCAUACACUGACUCGUUUCAACCUCACUACAGCCCGCAAAAAAUUCACAGUUCAAGUCACGUUUCAUGUCACGUGAUCGGGUUUGAUUGGCGGCGCAUCAGUAAAAACGUCCGUGAUUGGAUAAAGCCUACAGGAGGAAAAUUCCUCCUGUAAAUGUGGCGCUCUGCAGGGGAUAAAAGUCCUUCGCGCUUUGGCCAACUACCGGAACCGGAAAUGAGAAGCGAAAGACUUCGAGAAAGUCUAUACCACAGCCACUUUCUUCUGUCCCCAAGGUGGCCGUUGUGGAGAGGUUCAACUGUAGUAUCUUUCUGAUUUUUAAACCCACAACUGUACACUGUGGCAAUAAUCUCCUAGGAAAUAGAACGAGCAACUAUGACGAAAGCAGUGCCGAGAGUGAAAGUGAUGAAGAAGACGUGGAGCUGUCCUCAGAUGAUGAGCACGAAUCGGAUCAAGGUCAGAGGGAAUUUCAGAAUACUUCAAUACUUAGAAUUCUGUAAUUUCGUGAAACGUUUGCAGACUUGCCAACCGCCAAAAGGCAAAAAAUGUGAGAGUCUGAACCUGAGCUGGGAAAGGUAGUGAGAAAUGUAUAAAAAGCUUGUAAAAUGUCGUGAGAUGUCCCAAAUUUUCCUAUUGGAAGGACUUUUAGUGGAGGUUAUGGGUAUUGGAAAUCACAUAUCACUUAAAAACUGGGGCAGUAAACAUCACGAUCAAUUUUACGACUUAGGUUUUGUAAUUUUGUAUGUGUGGUUGGUGGCCAUCUUGAGAGAAACAGCUUCCCAUUUGGUUGCAGCGGCAAGUAGCGGUAAGCUAGAAGAAUGCAAUCAAACGCGACCGCGAAGCGUUCUCUUUGGAUUGAACUGGCUAUCUAUUAAUAUGUAGUUAGACGCGUUUUUGGAGUUUGACUUUUCGAGAAAUCGUGAGAAAUAAGUUGCCAACUCGUGAAAGCGUGAGAUAGGUCGUGAAAUCGUGAGACACACGACAAAGUCGUGACACUUGGAAAGUCUGUGUUUGUGGACGUCAGUCAAUUUAGGAUUUAGGAGUGAACUUCUACAACUGGGCUUUUUCUACACCAACGCCGAUAACCUUUCGUGCCGACAAAAAAGCUAUCCUACGGCAACCAAACGCACAGAACUGUGUUCGCACAACAUUCAGUGAUCAAAAAACACAUCAGGCAUCUUACCAGGUUGGUUAGCUGGGGAGAAUUGGUGCAUUAAAUCGCAAUCCUUCACUUUUAUUUACGUUCGUCUCGGUGGCUUCCAGUCCCCGCUCCUGCUCAUUUAUUUCCUUAUGGUCCACACUAACAUAAACUCCCACGCAGCUGUUUUUGUCUCGAGACAAAAAGGGCUGUGUAUGGCACUUAGACUAGGAGUAGCAAAAAACCGGUCCGAUCUGUGACGAUCCACUUUCACGAUGGGGAGGGUUGUCCAAUACUCCAACAAAUUUAUGCAUGGCAUUGUAAUGUAUUGUCUUCACAUUGCAAUACUGUACUAAAGUUUAACAGUACAGAACGAAGCAGAACAAUGAGAAAUUUAACAAAGCCAUGCAUAAAUUUGUUGGAGUAUUGGACAGGUAUGACGAUGGGCGCGACGUGGCGUAGCUUCGCUCCGUUACAGAAAUCGCGCUGAAAUCACCGUUCUCAUACGUGAACAGAAGCCCUAUCCAGUAUGGUUUUCGUGACGGAACAGUAGCUCUCCAUUAAUCCGAUACAGUGGGAACAUAUAAGCUUAAUAGUGGAUAAUGCGACAAAUGACUGAAUACCUGAACAUAGUAUAUAACCUCGUUCCCAGGGUUCUCUCCUACCCGCCCUCCGUAGGGCGGGUAGGAGAGAACCCUGGGAACGAGGUUGCAUAGUAUAGUGUUAAUCAACCCAACUGAAAGAAACACUUGAAACAAACAUGUUCCUUUCAGCAGACGUUUUAUUCAUUUGAUUCGUAACUGCCAGGCCAUUAAAUAAAAACAGGCUGAAUCAAUUUACUUUUAGGUGUUCAAGGAAACAUGCAGUCCGGUGGGGAAGAUAAAGAAUUGACGUCAUAUAUGGAUCAAAUGGAUGAGGAAUUAUCGCGGACAUCAAUAGGGGAGAGUUUUGAAAAGGUGAGUGGGAUUUGCCUCCUCCAUGGGCUUUCAUGAGGCUUAGUGACAGAACAAGCGAGAAGCGCGACAGCUGGGGACAAGGGAGACAAGCGAGAAGCGCGAGAGGGGAUGAUGGGAAGGCGCGCGCGCAAGCGGGAAGUGAUCCCCCUUUCCUUCGUAAUUAACUCAAAUUUCCCCACAAAGUGAUGGCGAGCGACUGGGAACGAGGCGGGAGUGGGAUAUCUUUUUAGACCUCGUCGACACCAAAUGGGUUAUCCGGAUAUCUUUGACGACGAAUGAAAAGUUUUCCGUCCUCACUACCUUUCGCGUGUAUUGUUUUUCCCAAAUGCAUGCACGGUAGUUAGUGCAUGCGCACUGUCAUGGAGACCAUAAGUUGGUACGCUACAUUAACUUUUUAAGGCCUGUCUUCGCAGAGUCCUGGCUGAAACAACUAAACCUUUUUCCCUGAAUAUUCCCACCCUAGCGCGCGUUUUUUUAAAAACUUACCAAAUUGAUUGAGGGAAAAAGCGAGUGAGUUUAUCCAGCAGAUUAGGGCAGACGUUGUCUAUAACACCGGUGCCGUGGGGAUCGACGGCGGAGACGGGUGGCUGUUCCACCACCUCCUUCCCCCCACCAAACCCACCACGUCUGUCAAAAAUGACAUUAUUUGUUUUUGGCAAACAGAAGUUACAUUGUUAGAGGGGAGGAGAGGAGGGAAUUUAGCCCCUUAGCUUCGUCACAUUCACCACUUGAACUAAUCGCACACUUUAAGACUGGUACCACUAGAGUCUUAGAUUUUACGACUUGAACAAGUGGUGAAUAUUGGACAGGUGUGUUGUCUUCAAACCUAUUGCGAGUUUGCUGAACCUUGAAAGGACAAUGACUUCCUAUACGAAGGUAAAAGUAAUAAAGUAUAAUUUGUUAAUCGAAUACAGAUACUCUAAAUUAAACUCAUUCAUUGCUUGUUUUUUAAUUCAUAUUUUUUGUUUUACCACAGAGAGGUGCUUCAUCUUUUGAAGCUAAAUCACAAGGCACUUCUGAAAGCAAAAACAGCGGAGCAGUUAAUGAAGUUCAAGGGAGUGAUGACGAGGACGCGCCAGUUGAUGUGGACUUCAAUCUUGUUAAAAACAUCUUAGAAUCCUUCUCCACACAGGAGGGUCUAGCUGGACCAGCAUCUAAUAUCCUUAGUUCCAUGGGCGUGUGGCUUCCCCCGAACGCAGACUUGACGGAUACAUCAUGA